AUGUUCAGUGAUGAUACACACUCACUGACAAAAAUGUCAUUCGCACUUGUGGAAAUGCUGUUCAGCCAGGUUUGGUAUUACGAUUGUAUUAUUAUUCAGCAGCCCGUUAAUGUCUGGCACCACUAGUUGUGAAUAAACCGGUUGGGAGGUACAAGUAAUUAGUUACCAUACCGUUGAAGUAGAAGUAAAGACGUGCCAAUCCACUAGUGACAGUUCCCUACUUGUCCGUGUCCAGCUGCUGUUUGAGAUAACGUCAUUUGGUUCGCUAUCGCUAUGGCCGGACAGUACACUUGUUUAAUGGCAAUGCUCUUUUGGUUUCCGCUAUUUACGCAUGGAUUUGGAUUUUCUAAAAGAUAUCCAAAAUGCAGUUUCAAUUUGCCCAUAUUCAACGUAACCAGAGGUGAAGUUCUCUAUAGGUUGGAAAAUGAACUAUCAACGUCAUUGCCAGCAGUGACCUGCUGCAUACUUCAAAACACUGAAGGUCGCCACCAGCCCUACCCACCAUCAGCACACUUCUGGUUCUUACAGAAUUCUCCGGUAGCCAACCAUCAGCGUCUCCGUGUUCUCAAUCACGUAAUCAUGAUGUACAGCAUUUAUAUAUGGGUUUACCGCAGCAUUGUUUGGCCACGUAGUAUAACCAAAGACAUAGCUGGUGAAUACAAGUGCAGUUACCAGGAUGUGGGUGGGUUUUCGUCCAGGAGCUUCCACCUAGUAGUGGGCGCAAAAACCAAGAUCACGUUCAUUACCAAGUCAAUGACAGUCGUUGCAUCAUCGUGGAAGCUUGAGUCUCUAGCUUUGCACUGCAAAAUAACUGGUGAUGAACUGAAGUAUUCCUGGACGAGAGAUGGAGUGCCGAUUCAUGGAGAGUUGGGUGUAAAUGGUUGGACACAUUCAUUUGAUGGCGCAGUGACAGCCAGAGAUUCGGGAACAUACAACUGCUCUGCUUCCAGUCGCUAUGGUGUUGAUUGGAAACAACUUCAUCUACGUGUUCUUGAUAUACCAAGAUUUUGGCUCAAGCCACUACCUGCUAUAAUCAUGCCAUACUCUCUUCUGGCAAGGUCAGUUGGUCUUCGUCUAGUCCCACCAUCAUCAACUGGCAAUUCACCAAUAACAAGUUAUGAAGUCACUUGUAGACCUGAUGUGGAGUACAGACCAUAUGUGAAGGACAGUGUACAGAGGUUUUCAGUGACCAGUGCCACUGUUACUGGUCUUCAACCAGCCACCAAGUACAGUUGCUGGUAUCAUGUAUGGAAUGCAGUUGGUCGCAGUGGUCCAAGUCCAAUUCUGAAGCUGAUCACUCCGGAGUCCCCCCCAGGAAAACCGGAAAAUCUCUCUACAGUGUCUAGUUCAGCAGGGCAUGUCACCACAUACUUCAAGCCAAUGUCACCAGCACUUACCCAUGGCGUACUCACUGGAUAUCAAAUUACUUUCAAUGCCACUGAAUGUGUUACACAUCAGGACUGCCCAUGUCAGCAAUACAACUGCUCUCUACACGGAUCUGCAUUAUUUCAUGAAAGUUGGGUCAGCAACUCAAUCUCCUUGUCUGGUCUGAGAUACUUCACAAUGUACCAAAUAUCAGUUGCAGCUAUCAAUAGAGCUGGUGUUGGACAGAAGGCUUGGAUCAACUUCACCCCUAAGGAAUUUGCACCAGGUCCUGUAAAUCGUGUGGUUGCCAUGGUAAUAUCCAGCUCUGCAGUGCAGACAAAGUGGGAAGCACCUGGCAUAUCUAAUGGCAAUAUCCUGUACUAUACACUGGAGUAUAGUAUGGUGAAUUCUCAGUCAUCUGUGCAGAGAGUCAAGGUCAAUAUCAGUACAGCAAUGUUACAAUACAACAUCACUGGACUACUGAACAACAGUGAUGUUCUGAUUACAGUGUUUGCUGUCAACUCUGCUGGUCCUGGACCUGGUGUCACUACACGUGUUAGCACCGCAGACCAUGCUGAAGACUACGUAGAGAAGAGUCCAUCCUCCAGCCCACCAUCUCAAACUAAAGUCUACUGCAGUGCUCCAACAGAUAUUAAUUGGACUGCAUUUGUUGGAAGUUCAUUCAGUCCUCAAACCAUCAUAAUGUUGAGCCAAAACUUCUCUGAUGGGAGGUCCGUGAAUGUGACAUGCAAGGAUGGAUUGUAUGUAUCAGGGAAUCAAUCACAGCAGCAUCAAGUCAUCAAAUGUCAAGACAAUGGAACAUGGAGUGACGAAUUUGUAGCAUGCUCAGGACCAGCAGAUGCGCAAACGGCACAGAUGCGAGGAUUUGACGGAUCCAAGUCGUCCUCCAAUAUUGUACCAUCAUCCAUUCUAGGAGGUACAACAGUCAUCCUCCUAGUGAUCAUUCUGCUGUUUCUGGUCAUACCAUGUAUCAAGAGGCAUGCACGGAACACCUGCACGUCUGUCCGAGGAUGAUACAAAUGUUUUUGAAUGGAUGUGAGUGGUGUGUACAUUGUAGGUUGAUAUUAAGCCUACAGUAAAAGGAUUUUUUGUCUUAUAGACUACUUUAAUACACUACAACAGAUCAAUCUGGGUUUCACCCAAGUACCGUAUUUUCCGGGGUGUGUUAGCCGCACUUUCAAAUGCCUAAAAAGGAAAAAAAUCGCCACUGCGACUUAGACUCCGAAUGCUGGCCAUGGAUCAACCAGUGAUACAACGUGACAUGCAUAAACUGGAUGUAUAUGUCAUUCGAUUACUUUUUAUGUAUUUAUCAUGCGCAGAAAUCCAUCGUUGUAGCUGUAUGAUGCUUGUAUGUUAUCAGUUCAGAGUGAGGGACAAACAAAGAUACUUUUGUGGAACUUCGUGUUUCUAAACAUUUUUUUCAAUUUUAACCAUUGGUAAUGGUAUUGCAUGUACCAGUACCCUUCAAGUUUGGAUGGCCAAAUUUCAAAAUCUGAGCGGUUUAUGCUCCGAAUGUCAACAUUAGAUACGGAUGUUGGGCCCGGAAAAGGGGUGCAGCUUACAUCCCGGUGUGGCUAACACCUCGGAAAAUACGGUAUCUCUUCAUCUGCAUGUGUUUGGAUCUUUUUGGCUCUGCCCUCGUGGCAUUGAGAACCUUUGCAAGAGUUUAGCAAUGUAGCUUGUGCUGUCCGCUCCCGUGGUGGUUGAGAGCUGUCCUUACUGCCUUGCAUGUGAUGAAUAAUACUUAAUGUUUAUUGUUUGUCUCACUAUGUAGUUGACGCCACUAUUGGUAUGAAUGGUAUCUUAGGUGCUAUUUUGCCACUGCUCAGACCGCGAAAGUGCUGGAUAUAAGGACUUGCUUGCU